GUCAGCCAAAAAAACAUUUUCUAAAAAGAAAAAGGUGGAAAAAGACAAGCCGAUGGACGAUUCAGAAAGCGACGAAGGAGAACAUGAACAAAAUGCACAACCGAUUUCAAAUUACAAUAUUUGCUUCCAAGCGGACGAUCAGUUUUUGAAUCAGUUUAUCACAUUGGACGGUGAUAGUGAUAUAUUGGGUGAAUUCAGUCAAGUGAUGGAUGACGGCUCAUUGGAAUUACGGAGUCCUGUACAAGCGGCUCAAAUAAGCCAGGGUACGGUGUUCGGCGAGGGAAAUGCGCCACGUGUGUCUGAUGAUCUUCAAAUCAUUGGAACUGCUAUCAAUGAGUCUGAGGAUGCUCUCGAUGAUGACCGCUACAAUGAUCAACAAAUCGACACAAUUGAUCAGCAACAAGCUCGUUGCUCUUCGUCAGGCAGUUGCUGCAAGUCCCAUCAAAAGGUGUUGAACAAAAUUGAUUAUCUUCAAAAAAAGUGGUGCAAGGAAAUGAGUGUGUUGCGCCAGGAAAGCAGUUCGAACCGACAACUUUUGUUACAGGUGAUAAGCUUACUACGUCCAACUGAAGGACAGACUGACAAAACAGUGAACGGGCAGAUUGACGAAUCGGGUUGUGCUGUGGAUGCUGAACCCAUACUCGAUAUGGCUGAAUUGUCCGAGUUUAAUGCGUUGUACAAAAAGACUUUUCCGAUCAAAAGCAGCGAAUUCAUUGUGGACUUUAACGCAUCGUUAAAGGACGAUAAAAAAUUCGCCGAAAACCUGUUCAAAAAACUUCUACAAAUCAAAGGAGAUGAUGAAACCAAAACAGUUCGGAAAAUCCUUAAAGAACUUGUCGACGUUCGCUGUCUGAAGGAUUUCACGUGGCUUGGCACAAAAAAAAUGAAAAGUUUCCAAGAUCUUCAUCUCAUCAUCGCAAUGAUAUCGAAGGUGCUGGGCGAAAAGUAUCCGAACUGCGUUGCGAUUGACGUGAUCAUGAAAGUAGUGAAGCAGAGAACAAAAAGUGCCAAGGAAGCGUAUCUAGGUCUAGUGGCUGCUGAAGCAGCAACUUCUGCUGAAGCAGUGCCUUCUGUUGAUAAGAUCAACACGAUUGUGUUGUUUCGGAGUGCAUCGGUAUCGGCAGAGCCGAACAGUGGCAUAAAUGCGAGCGGUCCGUCUCACGUGAACGACAGUCUGGUAUCGGCAGAACCGAAUAGUGGCAUUAACGCAAGCGGUCCGUCUCACGUGAAAGACAGUAUGGUUGCUGAUAGAACAAUAAAUUAGGUUGCUGGUGUAGCCUGAAACUAUACGACAGAAUGGGACCUUCGUUUUGACGCGCAAAGACAGACGUAAGGUAAAACCAUUUCAAUUUAUU